AUGACGUCGAUCGAUGAAAGGAAAAAUGUUGUUCCGGUGGAGGACCAUGAAACGCGAUCACGCGUUCUCGAGAGUCGGUGGCUGCGGGCAACAGAAUGUACAAACAUCAUAGAUCAUAUGGCUUCUCUCCGUCGCCUUGUCAAAGAUCAUGCGGCGCUACGGUCUUCACUACCUCCAAAUUACCUGUUCCCAGACGCCGACCAUGCUUCGUCGGCUCAGGACGACCUCACCCAGCUUGUCAUCUGUAUCACCGGCGCCGAGGGCACACCCUACGCCGAAGGACUAUGGCGUCUACAUCUGAAAAUGCCCCACGACUACCCCAAAUGCCCCCCAAAAGCCACCUUCCAGACCCGGAUAUAUCACCCAAACGUUGAUCCUACGACAGGAGCAGUGUGCUUAGAGACAUUAAAAAGAGAUUGGGACCCAAAGUUAACCCUGAAGGACAUCCUGAUCACCAUAUCGUGUUUGUUGAUCCAGCCCAAUCCUGACUCUGCUUUGAACGCAGCUGCAGGCGCUUUGAUCCAAGAAAACUACGACUCGUUUUCUGCACAGGCGCAGUUGAUGACGAGAAUUCAUGCACGCAUUCCGAAGCACUUGUCAGACGCUGUUCAGGAAGCAAAGCGCCGAGGGGAGGAGCCCGAGCUUGGAUCAAGGGAGAAACGGUUGUCUUCUCGAACAAAACCUUUGGAGGACGAUACGAAAGAGAAUGUACCUGGCCAGUCGACCAUAGGGGCCAAAGGUACAACGACGGGGACUAAAGAGAAGCGGGCGCUCUCGGAGAUAGCAUUGCUCGACGAUAAUGAUAUGGAAGAACGGUCUGAGGGAAUUGAAGAGGCAAGAAGAAAGUCUCCGAGAACAGAGCGCACCUCUGCACCUGACCAGCCAGAGGUAGUGCCUUUGAACAUUGCCGAUGGCCUCACGACACACAAGAAAGAAGAUGAAGAGCAAGGCGAGAUGACACAAAACAAGCCAAAUCUGCAGUGCAAUUCGCUGGCAUCGAAAUCGACCGCAGCACGAAAAGUCUCCACCACAAGCGCAGGAAAGAGGAAGCUGCCGCGAAUAGGUAUCCGCAGGCUUUGA